GCAGCAGGCGGUCGGGAGGCGGAGGAGAGGAGCCGAGAGGAGAGGAGAGUGCCUUCAUCAUCAGCAGCAUGGAGCUCCGGGAGCGCUGCGCUCUCUGACCGCGCGUCUUCACACCCUUUCAGCCAAGACCACUGCCCAAACGCACACAUGCAGGUUAUGCCACCCCACAGGCUGACUGCAAACCCAACGGUCAAAGAGAAGGGCUGAUCUCAGACCCCCCCGCACUCCUGCUGCUGUGCCCCUCCCUGUCCCCAUGGCGACAGGAGGCUAUGCCCCUGAGAAAGAUGUUUUGAUCAACCUGCAUCAGGUUCUGGCCGAGGAGGAGAAGGGCUCCACAGAAGGGCUGGAGGAUGAAGACUGGGACAGGGCUUUGUCUGUGGAGCGUUUUGGGGACAUCAUCACAGAGUCUGGCACGAAUGGUGCAGACAAAAUGGGUCGCAGCUAUAAUGAAAAGGACUUUGAAUACCACCGCCACACGUUCCACCAUACGCACCACCCACUGUCCACCCACCUGCCCCCGCAGCGCUUCAGGAAGAGGGUGCUCAGCAUGGAGCGUCGGCGCAAGAAGAAACGCAGGAAAAAGAAGACAUCUAUGCCACCCUCUGAUGUCACGCCCACCAUCCAUGAGGUAGAUGAGGAGGAGGUGGAAUCUGAGCCAGAAUUGCAGGGCCAAGACACCACGCCCACUGAGCCCCCUGAACAACAGAUGCAGUUUAGUUUGGGAUGUGAGGGAGUGAUGAUGCCACCUGUUCCUCUCCCCACAUUCCACGUGGAGAAUGAGAGACCCCCGAGCCCAGAGCUGGCCAUUACCAGAACCACAGAAGUACAUGAGGAGGAAGAACAUGACAAACAGGAAGAGGAAGAAGAGGAAGAGGAUGAGGAAGCAUCAAAUAGGUUUAGUCCAUCAUUAGAGCUGACCAGUGUCCCCACACGGGCCUGGUUCUGCCGGAAACCUGUCCACCGGCUGAGCGGAGCCCAGCGCACCAACUACGACCUGAGAGAACGCAUUUGCAUCGGCAGCAUGACUGCCAUGGAGACAGCCGUUUAUCAGAAAGUGCCCACAGACGAAGCAGAGGCUCAGAUGCUCGCCACUGUUGACCUGGAUGACAUGAAGAGUCACCGGUUUGAAGACAAUCCUGGAGUAAGACGACACCUGGUCAAGAAGUCAUCUCGUUGUCAGGUUUCUCGGGCAAACAAUGGCUCUCCUUCUCUGUCUAGCCUGAAGAAGAGGAAGAAGAUGGACAAAAAGACCCAUGAGGUCUUUGUAGAGCUAAAUGAGCUGAUUAUGGACAAGAAUCAGGAGAUGCGCUGGAAGGAGACGGCUCGCUGGAUCAAGUUUGAGGAGGAUGUUGAGGAAGAUACGGACCGCUGGGGCAAACCUCACGUGGCCUCGCUGUCCUUCCGGAGCCUGCUUGAGCUCCGCAGGACCAUCACACAUGGUGCCAUAAUGUUAGACUUGGACCAGACCACACUUCCUGGAAUUGCGCACUUGCUGGUGGAAACCAUGAUCAUCUCAGACCAAAUCAGAGCAGAGGACCGCGCCAAUGUGCUACGUGCAUUACUGCUGAAACACAGUCACCCGAAUGAUGAGAAGGAGGGCCGUUUCCACCGAAACCAUUCAAUCACCAGCCUGGGCAGCUUGCGCCAUAACCACAACCAUGUUCAUGACACGAGCCUGCCACUAGUGGCCCAGGAUCAUGACACCAAAUCGCCCGAGCAGGACAAAGAGAAAAACCUGCACCCCGUUCCUGCAGAGGCACAUGCUGCAGCCAGAUCUAUGAAACUGCUGGCAAAGAUCCCCAAGGAUGCUGAGGCCACAGUGGUUUUAGUGGGCUGUGUGGAGUUUCUGGAGCAGCCUGCUAUGGCAUUUGUGCGCCUGAACGAAGCAGUCCUGUUGGAAUCGGUUCUGGAGGUUCCAAUUCCUGUGCGCUUUAUUUUUGUGCUACUGGGUCCAUCUCAGAGUAACAUGGACUACCACGAGAUUGGACGUUCCUUCUCCACACUUAUGUCUGAUAAGAACUUCCAUGAAGUGGCCUACUUUGCAGAUGACCGUCAGGAUCUGCUGAAUGGCAUUAAUGAGUUCCUGGACUGCAGCAUUGUGAUUCCUCCCUCAGACGUUGAGGGCAAGGACCUGCUGAAGACUGUGGCCUCCUUCCAGAAGCAGAUGCUACGCAAGCGCAAGGAGAGAGAGAAUAAGAAGGGCAUGAGUGGAGUGGCAGGACCUAAUCAAGAGACCAAAUAUCUCAAUCAAGAUGAUCAGGAGGAUGAGGAACUGGAGGUGGACCCUCUGAAACGCUCUGGCAUCCCAUUCGGAGGACUGAUCCAUGAUAUUCGCCGCCGCUACCCACACUACAUAAGCGAUCUGAAGGAUGCGGUGGAUACGCAGUGCAUUGCCGCUGUCAUUUUCAUCUACUUUGCUGCCCUCUCACCAACCAUCACUUUUGGAGGACUGCUAGGGGAGAAGACUCAAGGUAUGAUGGGAGUGUCUGAGCUCAUUAUCUCGACAUCAGCAGUCGGGGUGCUGUUUUCCCUGCUGGCAGGACAGCCACUGCUCAUUAUUGGCUUCUCCGGGCCUCUUCUGGUGUUUGAGGAGGCCUUCUACAAGUUCUGCCAGGCGCAGGGCUUCGAGUACCUCACAGGUCGAGUGUGGAUCGGCUUCUGGCUCAUUUUCAUCGUGCUGGUGAUCGUAGCAGCAGAGGGCAGCUUCCUUGUGCGCUACAUCUCACCCUUCACUCAGGAGAUCUUUGCCUUCCUUAUUUCCCUCAUCUUUAUUUGUGAGACCUUCUCCAAACUCUUCAAGGUAUUCCAGGAACACCCCCUGAUGAAGACCUACCCAGUCUCUGCAGGGCCUCCUGUGCAUGGAACACCAGAAUCACCAGAAAAUGGUGUUCUGACUGAGGGUCCAAUUCUAAACCAGCCCAACACUGCCCUACUCUCCCUUGUGCUCAUGGUGGGAACCUUCUUUGUGGCCUUCUUCCUUCGAAAGUUCCGCAACAGUCGCUUCCUUGGUGGCAAGGUCAGGAGAAUUAUUGGCGAUUUUGGCAUACCCAUCUCUAUUCUGCUAUCUGUAAUAGUGGACCUCUGCAUCCCUGACACUUACACACAGAAACUGAACGUGCCCUCUGGUUUCUCGGUCACAUCUCCUGACAAACGAGGCUGGUUCAUCAGCCCAUUUGGAGACAAACAGGCCUUCCCCACGUGGAUGAUGGGAGCUUCCGUGGUGCCUGCCCUUCUUGUCUUCAUCCUCAUCUUCAUGGAGACACAGAUCACAACGCUGAUAGUAAAUAAGAAAGAGCGUCGGUUGGUGAAGGGUUCAGGUUUCCACUUGGAUCUGCUGCUGAUCGUGACUCUGGGCGCUGUCUGCCCACUCUUUGGCCUGCCAUGGCUGACAGCUGCCACUGUGCGCUCUGUCACUCAUGUUAAUGCUCUGACAGUAAUGAGCAAAGCUACAGCUCCUGGAGAAAAGCCCAUGAUCCAGGAGGUUAAAGAGCAGAGACUGACUGGGAUGUGUGUGGCCAUACUUGUGGGCAUGUCCAUUGUGAUGACAGAUGUGCUGCGGCAUAUUCCUCUGGCUGUGCUCUUUGGUAUUUUUCUGUACAUGGGCAUCACCUCCCUGACCGGUAUCCAGCUCUAUGAGCGCAUCGCGCUCAUGGUCACGCCUGCAAAACACCACCCUGAUCACAGCUAUGUCACUAAAGUAAAGACAUGGCGCAUGAACUUGUUCACCAUAAUCCAGCUGUUGUGUAUUACGCUCUUGUGGGUGGUGAAGUCCACUGUGGCGUCCCUGGCUUUCCCCUUCAUCCUCAUCAUGACUGUGCCGCUGCGCAGACUCAUCCUUACUAGGAUCUUUGAGGAGAGGGAGCUGGCAGCUUUGGACGCAGAUGAGGAUUCACCCAAUUUUGAUGAAGACGGUCGUGACGAGUAUAAUGAGAUUCACAUGCUUGUGUAGACCUGGUCUCCAGUCACAGGACAAACCACCUGUAAAGGUGACACUGGCCAUGAUGUAUGAUGAUGAAUUCAGAUAGUCUACUCUACUCUUCAGGAUUGUGUCAUGUGUAUAUUCAAACAUUGUAUUUAUUCUGUGUAAAAUGGAGAUAUUGAUGCCAGAGAUUCACAGAAUUUAGAAACUUUUUUGUGGUUGUUAUUCUUAUUUAUUUGUUAUAUAUUUUUUAAAAUUUACUUCUGGUUCCUCGUAAGUGGUCCCCCUGAAACCUGAUGAUGCACAGUGUUUCACAGUCCUGGUUCAGGACAUUUUACUGUUUUAGCAGCAGUAACACACCCAUUUUACCUCAUGAAGGGCUUGUUAAUGAGCUGAUGAGGUGAGUCCAUUGUGGUAGAGCAGGGAAAGUACUAAAAUGUAAGGACUUGGGAACCAGGAUCGGGAAACACUACCCCAUGUGUCCCAAAAUGCACCUUACAUUGAUGAAUAAAGUGAAUGAUUCAGUCCCUAGCCUGAAAACACUGCAUAUAGGAGCCCACUUUUUGUCCCAUAUAGGAGCCCACUUCUUGUCAAGCUGAGUUGCUGUCUUUUCUGUAGUGUAGGUACUGGCCACAGACUCUGAAUGAUAUUCAGUAGUAGUAACAUCUGAGCACCCUCAGGGUGGUUCAUUUCAAACACAGUCUGUGCAAUUCCCUUUUUCUGUAUGCAGUAUGUUAUAAUGCUGUCAUGAAGACAUGAACACUAAGUGAGAUUUCUUCUAAUUGAUUCUAAUAUUUAAGCUUUUAAUUUAUUUGCUGUUAUUUAUUUAUGACAUUUGUUUGCUGUACUGCCCAAUUACCUUUUAUUCAGAACAGCACUUACUUGUUAAAUUUGCGUUGAUAUGAGCAAAUCAUAAGAUAAGUAGAGCAUUAGCAUGGACUGAAAAAGUUAGCACACCCGUAUACUUUUCCUAUACUAUUCCCUAUUUAUUUUGUGUUCAUAAUGUGAGAGUUGUAUGCUACAUUUUAUAUUAUAUUUGAGUUAUUGGAACAGUUAAAGCCAUAGUGUACAUGGUUUGAAGAUGUAAUGUACAGAUUAUAAAGUUUAAUUAUAAAAUCAAUCUUAAUCCACUGGCUACUGAACUGACAGUGUAUAUGGAUGCACUGAGCGUUAGAGCUUGAACUGGAAGCGAGAGUGUUUGGCACCACUGCAUUCUGCUGCCAAAUCAGUGGAUGAGGGCAGAGAGGAAACUUGGCCUUGGUCCCAUCUAUCAAACUUUAACUAGUUUAAAGGAAGUUCAUGACCUUUUAAAAUCCACAUUGUGCCACAACCAACAAAUGAGCAGUCAUUUUUUUUUUUUUAGAUCUGUUUCCUUAUCUUUUUACCAAAAAAAGUUCCUCUGUGGACCUUGGAAGUUCCGAGAUGGGUUCGGUGAACUUUCGUCCAUACUUUUCAUAUGAACUGAAGUAUUAUUUUUCCUGUUUCAUAACACAUUGAGGCAAAGAGCAUGCAGAGAGUGAAAAAGAUGCCCUUUAGACUGUAAAUAACAUCCUGACCGGUUCCUGUUGGUUGUGCUACAUCACUGUGUACUUUACGCAAUUCACAAGACCAGGUUCAGUUUUCACACACACCAUUGCACAGAAGGGUUUUUUUUUAUUUAACUCACAGGUUAUGGGGAUGGUUAAAUACAAACAUAAGGGUUUACUCUUAAGACUAAAUGCUGCUACCCAUUCAAAAAGGUUGUCAUUUGUGAGACCACACAGAAGUUUCUAAGUUGGUUGUCCUCAAACUUCAAAACUGAGCACUGUAUUGAUGCCAAAAAUGUUAGCUUGUGUUUUGAAGCAAGGAGCGUCUCUAAGGGGGAACCAGAGUUGGGCAGUAAUUACAGUACAGAAAGGUGAUUAGGGCAGUGUUGGCUCAGUGGCUAAGGUUCUGAGCUAGCGAUCAGAAGAUUGCGAGGACUCCCAGGACUGCCAGAGAACCCUUAAUUGCUCAGCUCAAUUGAAAGCCGCUCUGGGUAAAAGCAUCUACUAAAUGAAUGAAUAUAUGUGGUUACAGAUGCACGCUACUUCUUUAGAGUGAGAAACAAUGCACUCAGGUUACUGUCUUUGUGGCGUUUUGCAAUGUGUACCCCAUGCCUGUGGGUUUCUCUGGGUUCUCCGGUUUCUCCCACAUCCAGAAAAUUUGCCAGUAUGGUGAUUGGUGGCUCCAAAUUAGCUGGUGUGAAUGAGCGUGCAAAUGUGUGCAUGCAUAGUAUCCUGCGCUGGGCUGGUGUCUCAUCCAGGGUGUAUUCCCUUCUCACGCCCAGAAUUCUCAGAGUAGUCUCUGGAGCUACUGUGAUCCAGAUCCAAGAUAAAGUGGUUACUGAAGAUGAAUGAAUAAAUUAAUGUAUGGCAUGAAUAAUGCUUGGUGCUUGAUUCAAUUCUUAAAGAUCCAACACUGCCAUUAUGUUGCUUGUUUUCUUUAUAGAUAUCACAUAUAUGCUGAAUGUGUAAUGACCACUUUGGUCACAAACACUUUACUGUAACUGUACAGGCGAUCUGGUUUCCUCUUGAUACUUUGUUCCUCUAGACUGAGCCAUAUUGUGGCUGUAAUAACGUGUCUGCAGGCUGCUGUAAGAAUGACGCCAGUGGUAUGAGUGCUUGGACACGGCCUUGUAAAAGAAUGGUUUAAAUCAACAGAGAUGGAUAGGGAACAAAAGGAGCUCUUAAACAGGAUGCUAUUGUCAUGAUGGCUGGCAUUUCUUAGGUAAUGGUGGUUACCAAGACUGCAGACUUGGUGCAUACUCAAGCAGCCUAAUGAUCUGCAGGACUACUGUUCAGUUGGGAUGUUUAUAGGCUCAGUGCUGGGAGAGAAUACACCUGUGCAGGCUGGAAAAUCAGAUACCUGUUCUUUAAACAUUUUCUGGGCCAUAGUGUGUGUGUGUGUCGGUGUGGACAGGUACAGGAAUGGUAGGAAAUAGAAAGUUCAAACCAUUAAGUCUGGAAGAGAAUCCAAUGGGGUGUGGGUCGUAUGUGAGAAAAUAAAAGGCACAAACCCACGUCCUAUCUGUGGUUUUUCAGAUGUUGGAUCAUGAUGAAAAUUCAAAGAUGGGUCUAAUUGAUUAAUGCCACCCCAGUUGCGUGGCCCACCCACCCGAUCCCAUAAAUGAUGUGUUAUUGUGUAACAGUAUGUCUGUCUACUUUGCUUUCAAUUUUCUCCCAUUUCCUAAAUUGCAUUUGACACUGAAUGUGUGCUUCACUUUCCAGAGAGCCCCAUUUAGAGGGAAGUAAUGAUAGUGAAAAAUGGAUGGAGUCAGAUUGUAUUAAUUCUACAACCAUCCUUCUUCAAUAUAUUCAGCAGUUAGAACAGUCGACCAAACCACACUUUUACUGAACUCUAAAUAGUGCAUUAGAUUCAGUGUGGAAGGAGUAGUCAUAGAAUGUGGGGAGGGUUUAAUGGAAAGUCCUGUUUGUUUCAAAAACAUAUUUUCUGCAUUUUCUCAAUAUCUUUAAAAUAAAACAUGUGUUCUCAAAAAAUUUGCAGCCAGAGGCCCCUUUAACUGUAAAAUGAAUCCCACUGACCCCCUCAGCCUAUAAUUUUAGGAAUAUAGUCCAACUAUUCAAAUACUAGGCUCAUUAUUUAAACAUGUACAAUGAUAUUCUUGCUAUUUAUUGGAGCCAUAGAGCUUUUUAUCCCUGUAAUUUACACCAACAGAACAUAUUAUGUUCAAGUUGACAUUAUUUGUAGGUCUGCAUGUUUUAUAAUUCAAGUGACCAGUCAAACAGGCUAAGAACUAUAAUGAGUAUAGGUAUAUAUAAUGGCAGGGUGGGAUUUCUACCACUACAUAUACACACACACACACACACACACACACACACAAACAUAUAUAUAUAUAUAUAUAUAUAGCAUCCAAACAUCAACAAAGAGAGCCUGUGAAAAAAGUUUUCGUUUACAUUUACCUCAAACAGAUCCCACACUCAUGUCUACAGUUUACCGAUAUAUUUUAUCACCUUUAAUUAUCAUUCAAUAUGGUUUUGUGCAAGGAAGAGCAAGGAGCAAGGAAAAAUAACAUUAUUAUUCAGUCAAACUGUCAUCAGGUGUACCCCUGAUUUGUAAUUUAUAUAUCAUGUUUGCAUCAGGUUUAACCUCAGCUAGCACUAACUGAAAAAAGGGGAAAUAUUGUCUCACAUCACUGCAAAUAAAUGGCAUCCCAUUUGCAAUGAUAUGAAAAUACCUUGAAAAUAUCUUGAAUAUAGUCACAUUUAUCUAAUAUUUCCAAUAGGAUUACAACAAACCAAAUAUAAGAUUUCUAGAGGUUUUUUUUUUUACUCAUUUCAAGCUUGAAAUAGUCUUGUUUUGUUCCAUUGGCAGAUACUUUUGUCAAUUGUAAGCAUUUAUUUCUAGAAAGAUGUUAAAUUAUUUACCAAUAGAAUAACAAAAACCUUGAAAUGAAUAAAAAUGUCUAUGCAUAGGUUUAAUGAUCUUAUUUAGUUUAUGGUAAUUUUGUAAUAGGAAAUACUAAAUAAAUUAGACUAUAUUCAAGAUAUUUUCAUUUGCUAAGAUUGUUUGCCAUGUGAUUUCUCAAAGAAAAGUUUGUUGUUUUAUUCUGUGCCCUAUGAGAGGAAAUGUUUUUACAUACCAUAUUUUCAGGCAUACAUUAAUAAUGCAAAACAUGAAGGAAUUUUUUUAGAUGAAUUUCUCUAACCCAUUGAGAUGUUUAUAAAUGGCAGUGCUAACCUUUGUCACCAUUCAAGCUGACCUACAUGUGAUUAGGAAUGAUAUCUUUUUUUUUUUCUUCAGACCAAGUAUGUGUAGUACAUGUUAAAGUAGAACAUGUUUCUGGUACUCGCAGAAACCGACACUGAUAUAGAUAUGAGUAAGCUACUUAGUAUUAAGCAAUCAGGUGCAUCAUGGAACAUGAAGCAUCAUAUGCUGCCAACAUUGAACUCCUCCUGCUGAGGUUUAUGUUUAAGUUUUAUAGAAUUUAAGCAGUUUCUUUAAUAGAGAGCUCGAGGGCAGCUGACCUGAGUGCGCAGAGCAAUAGCUUGACGAUGGCACAAGGAACUACGUGUGUCUCAGUGCUCGCACAAGUGAAGUGAGUGCUCUCACAUGUGACAGUUCACAGCAUCUUGAGCUCAUUGGUAAUGACCACACUUGCUGUUAAUGCUAUGCGUCCUCAGGUCAGCCACCCUGUUUCUCUCUAUUAAAGAUGCUGUUUAAAUGCCAUAAGAUGUUUUAGCAGAUUACUUGUAGGAUGACGCUGUAGUUCCUGCUCUUGAUAUAUUUGCAGAGUACAGUUUGCAGUCUGCUUUGCUUUGAUUGCCAUCAUUAGUCAUGAAACACAUCCAGAUCGCUGUCAAUUUGUGUCGUCUGUUCAUAAGCAUGACAACAUACAGUACACUUACAUAACAUAAUAGACUUGUAUUUUUUACAAGUAUGAGUAAAUGAGCAACCAAUAUCAGAUACCAGUAUUGGCACUGAUGGAUCCCUACAGACGAUAAACAUUUUAUUUCCUUUCUGUACCUUAGACCUUAAACAGAUGUCACUUAGUUACAGCACUUUUACCACACAAAAAAGAGAAAAAAAUUAAAAUGACUGUACUCAGACAUACACUACUGGCUAAAAGUUUGGAAGUAGUGCUAAAAAAAAAUGAGAUGAUGUAAUGACAUAAAAAAAUGAUGAGACAAUAUUUAUUAUAUUUAUUAUAACAGUUAUUUAUUGGAACCCAGACUCUCACAUUCAAAUGUUCCAUAAAGCUUGAUUAAUGGAAUCAGAUUUGUAAACCACUGCCAUCUGAUAAGGGACUGCUCUCAGCAAAGACAGUGAAGGCUUUUCCCUAUUAAAUGUUAAUGAAAGUACAUGACUGCACACCAGUGUAAUAUUUUGUUUGUUGGCAAAUUGAUUAAUUGUAAAAUAUUGUUGAACCUAUAAAUAUCACCUGCUAGUUUCCAUUUUCCAUCAUUUGGACUGUAGUGCAUAUAAUGUAUAAAUGUUUGCUUUCCAUACAUUCAGCACCCAUGUGUCAAGUUAUCCUUUAAUCAUGUCUAAAUGUUGUCAGUCCCAAACAGACCACUUGUAUAACUCAGUGUUGCCUUGUUGUAAAUCUGGUAAGAGUUACAGUUUGUCAAAAAAGGCAAACAGGUUCUUAUGAUAAGUAAUGUAUUACUUUAGCUUUAGCAAUACUGAAAGAAAUAAUGAUGUUAUGUGGAUAUUUUAAUAGCAGUAGCAAUUACUAUUACUGUAAAAAUGUUUUGAAACCACUGUAAAACAAAUUGUUAUUUUUUUGUCUCAAAAUAAAUAUUUAUUAUGUGUUUCAA